AAUUUGACCAAAAAUAAACCAAGCGAAAGGGACACAGUUUCAUGACAGUUUCAGCAGUGGAAUGAAAUGAGAGUCGGAGGAAUCGAACGUCAACCCUACAAGUAGUGCACAAGAAAAAAAUACUCUCUCGCAUUCGUCCUCUUCAAAUUGCUAGUGGUAAUGGGGUGUUGCAAUAGCAAAGCCACAGAUACUAAAGCUACCCGCAUGGCGCGAUGGCGUUCAACUGGCAUCGUUGCUUUACGCGACUCCAAAUUGAAGUCUUUUCCUGAUGAAGUUAUUUCCCUGGAGAAAUCUGUACGCACCCUCGACUUGACACACAAUAAAUUGGUUCAAAUUCCCAUGGAGAUCAACAAGCUAAUUAACUUGCAGCGUCUAAUUUUGGCUGAUAACCUUAUUGAUAAUCUCCCGGUGAACCUGGGAUUGCUCAAGUCUUUGAAAGUUGCAACACUUGAUGGGAACCGAAUCAGAGCAUUGCCUGAUGAAUUGGGCCAGUUGGUGAAGCUUGAGCGGUUGUCUGUCUCAGCAAACUUGUUAAUGAGCUUGCCUGAGACUAUUGGGAGCUUGCAGAAUUUGGUACUGUUGGACAUUUCAAACAAUAAGUUAAAGUUUUUUCCUGAAUCGAUUGGAAGUUGCUUCUCUUUGGAAGAAUUGCAAGCAAAUGAUAAUUCAAUUGAAGAACUUCCUGUAUCAGUUUGCAAUCUUGUUCAACUAAAAUCACUUUGCCUGAACAAUAACAAUCUCAAUCAGAUGCCUCUAAAUUUGUUAAGAGAAUGCAAGAGCUUGCAGACCAUAUCUCUGCAUGGAAAUCCGAUUUCCAUGGACCAAUUUCAACAGAUGGAUGGCUUCAAAGACUUUGAAGUCCGCCGUAAACAGAAGUUUGAUAAACAAAUAAACUCAAAUGUAAUAAUCAGUUCUAAAGGGCUUGAUGAGGGUGUUGAUUUGUGAUUCUUCUCCACACCGCACAAUCUUGUUAAUCUCAGGUUUACUCUUUUUUGCUUCAAAAAACUACAUAAAUCAUUCUUUGGAGAAAAACAACCAAAUUCCCGAAUUCAUAAACCCCCAAAUUAAAUAUCUAUGAGCUUGUAUAGUAAGGUGAGACCCUCCUCUUAUUGGAAUUUAAUUACUUCAAGUCACAAAUAGUAUUUUACGAUGAAAAUUUGUAUCUUUCGUCGGAUUGUCAUAGUACUUCUUGUUAUUGAUUGUUGAGUGAACUCAUUGUUAUAGUAAUGUGGGGGUGUGGGAAAAAGUUAUUGGAUCAGUCAACGGAAAAAGGUAAAGGUUACUCUCUUAUUUUAGCAUGUUUGCUUAAAAGGUUAAAGCUAUAUGUCUUACGUACUUUGGAUGAUCUACUCAUAGCCAUAAGUUUAGUGUGUUGGCUUCCUAGAGUUGUUAUGCUCGUCCCUUGUUGGGAACUCUAUUAUAUUGAUAGAGACCUCGUGAUUAGGUACACCUUAGAGAUUACUCAUACGCUUAUAGUUGGUUUGCUUGCCUUCGGGCCACUUGAUUGAUGUUGAUACCUUUUGGGCCAUAGGUUCGUGGUUACUUCUUUCAGGGGUGGGGUGGGGGCAUUGUGGCUGGCUUCCGAGUUAUGGUUCGUGUUUUCAAGGUUAUAUGUAGUUUGCCUAGGGGUAAUGUAGAGCCUUAUGUGCUCGGAUAGAUAGUCUUAUGUGCUGAGACAUAUAGAGCCUUUUGUUCUCGAUUGUAUAGUCAUACAACAAGGGUAGUAAAGAGCCGAAAGACUCCUCAACUAUACAGAGCUGACGGGAUCCUCAACUAUACUAGCUAGUCAAUUACACAAAGCUUAUGGCCUAUGGGGCAGAAUUGUUGCCAAUAGGGGUAUAGAGAUUGAUUUGUACAUGUCGAGCUUAUGUGGGAUAGGGCAAGUGUAUUAAUUGUUGUUUGUACUUGUCGAUUUUAUACAGACUUGGUAAGUUGUUGUUUAAUUACUGUUGUAUGAUCCAUGUAUGAAUUGUGGGAUUUUGCGGUGACUAUUCUUGACUCCCUUCAAUGAUUCCCUUAAGCAUUGUAUACAUUAGUUGGCCUAGUUAGGCCGAAUUGAUUGUUGAGUUGAAUAUGGUUUCUGAGUUUGAAGUCAAAAACAUGUUAGUACGUUCUGACUA